AUGGCCGCCAACGUGCUUCGAAAAGCGUCUAGAAGUACAUCGAUCGCGUUUGCUGUGUUGCUGCUGGUGCUAUGCUUUCUGGAGGAGGUGUUGACCGCGAAAAAUUACACCCUCAAACCACGAGUAGUGCUGCCGGAGGACUAUGUAAAAGAGGUUCGGCCCCCAUCGCAAAAGGGCAGUCCAGUCGUGGUUGAGUUCAGUAUAUUCGUGGUAGAUAUCAAUUCCAUUAAUGUCGAGGAUAUGGACUUUAGAGUAGAUAUGUUCGUGCACCAGAAGUGGGUCGAGUCGCGGUUGGAUCUGCACGACGACAUUUUCGAGGAGGGUGACGAUCACGUGAUACUUCCGCCGGAGUUUUUCGAUAACCUAUGGCAACCGGAUCCGUACUUUCUCAACUCAAAAAUUUCAGAAAUUGCCACACUUACGCACAAAUUCUCCUCGGUAACGUUGUACAAGAACUCGACGGUACGGUACGCGUGCAUGAUGCAUGCCAUCAUCGCGUGCCAAAUGGAGUUUCAGCUAUACCCAAUGGACAUCCAAAUAUGUCCGAUCUACAUCGAAAGCUUCUCGUACCACAACCAAAAGAUUCGACUCAAGUGGGCCGACAAUGGCGUGACGAUCAAUCCCGAGCUAAAGUUGCUCCAGUACAACCUCGGGCAACCGCUACAGCUAGAGGAAACGGACGGGUACAUGCCGGAAAAGUACGGAAACUUUUCUCGCCUGGCAGUGUACUUCCGGUUUGAGCGACAGAUCGGCCAUCAUCUCAUACAAACGUUUGCGCCGUCUUCGCUUGUCGUGAUGCUCUCCUGGUUUAGCUUUUGGCUCGGUUUAGACGCUAUACCUGGGAGGGUUACGCUACUCGUCACCUGCAUGCUCACCUUAGUGACGAUGUUCACCGGUAUGCGAGCGGACAUUCCGCCCGUGGCGUACGUUAAGGCGCUCGAUCUGUGGAUGGCCGGGUGCAUGUUGUUCGUGUUUUCAGCCCUCGGGGAGUUCGUGGUGGUGAAGGUACUCGACGUGCAGUACCAAUACCAGGUGAAUAAGGUACCGAAGGUGCUACCGAUGCGCAUCAGUGCGAUGGAAAAGGGCCAAUGUGUGGGCACGGUUGCGAACUGGGAGGGUGGAACUGUGAACGUUCGUCCCCGGAAACCCACCCAGACACCGACAACUCCGGGCCAGGUGUCAUUGCAGGGAAAUGGUGGUCCUCAGCCUCCAAUGCCUCCAACCAAGCAGCCGACCCGGCGUCAGAGUAUCCUUUCCGUGGCGUGGACUGAUACUGACACCGGUAUCGAGAAGAUCAUGUGGCGUGAGAUCGAUAAAAUGUCGCGUGUCGUCUUUCCCGGCCUGUUUCUCGUCUUUGUCGUGCUUUACUGGCCGAUCCUGAUCUUUAAGACGUCCUAA